CUCCCAUUUAAGUAUGCAGACUGCCAAAUGUCUGCUUUGUUUUAAUUUGGUCUGCAAAUUUUUCGCUAUGAAGCACAGAGCCCCUUUACAGUUUGGCUAAUCAAGGGAAUGUGGAGAAAAUAGAAGGGAAGAGAAGAUCCCUUAUUUGGAUGUUAGGUUGGGUUGAAAAAUAAGAAGGGAUCUAUUUUCCUUUCCGCUUUAGGGAAACUAAACCCUACAGGAGUUGCAAAGAUUUUUGAAGGAAAAUCGUCUCUCCUGCCCUCCUCUCCUUCCCACCCAUCUUCUUUGCUCCUUCCUCCUUCCCUCCAUAAUCAUUAUUCAAACACAUUGUUAAGGUCACCAGAACAGAGUGGAAUCUGUAAGCAGCAUGGAGUUUUGUGGGAUUUCACAUUGAUUGGUUCUUGUUUUUCUGCAGGCUGAUAGUUAUUCCGUGUAGAGUUACUUUUAUAAUUGCUAAUUUAGUUGAAAUUUGGUCAGAGGACAUUGGUGGCCAUGUCAACAUCACUUAUUGAAACCAAAUACGUGUGUUGAAAAUACAGCUUUAAUUUCUAGUACAAUAGCUUCAUUUUACGUAUUACAUGAGCAUGUGUCGUGUAUCGGGAAACAAAUCUAAACAGAACUAGAUCUAAGUAUCAUUGGUGUACUAUUGGAUUGCUGAUAGGAACUAUAUUUAUCAAUGCUUCAUUUAAUGUAUUAGGCUUUGGUAAUUUCUUCUUCCCCCCCUUCAUAGUCACUGUGCGUGAUGCAUUGCCUUCAAUCAAAUUACACCUAUCACUUUGAUGCCUAAGGUUUGAGACUGAAGAAGGGAUUGCAUGAUUAAUAUUCAUUAUAUGCAAUACUUGGCACGGCUGACUGCUGAGCCACGCAGGCUUCAAAGGUCAAUCCCCUGCUGUUUCGAGCUGAGAUGCCAUUGCUUAUGGCUGAGCAAUGGGAGGGGGUACUUGCAGAGAGAAAAGAGGUGAAACAGAUAGGUGCGGCUGAUUCAAACCUAGCAUUAUGAUUAUGGAUUCUCAUAUGUUCUAUUGUUUCUAUUAGUUUCUCACUGCUAAUUGCUAACCAAGGGGUGAAAGCCGAAGUUGUCAAAGCUAUAAUUUCUUUCUGAUGGAUUGCCCCCAACUGAGCUCAAAAUGCCCAAGACAUUCAGCUACCUCGGAUGAUAAUUGUGAUCUCGAUUACAUCAGCAACCUUCAUGACGAUAUUCUUAUACAAAUUCUAGACAAACUUCCUAUGGAAGAAGCAGUUGAUACCUCCCUUUUGUCGAAAAGGUGGAAGGACGUAUGGAGGUACAAGAAGAAGGUUGAAUUAGGUUACCAGUGGGUUCAGAGAACUGGUAAAAAGGUCCUGCCUUCAUUGUUCAAAAUUUUCCGCGCUCUUCGGGAGCAAAAUAUUCAUUCUAUAAGUGUGUCUCUUCGGUAUGAUCUAUCUAUGUUAACUGAGAUACAGUCGUUGAUUGCAUAUGCUAGUGUGAAAAAUGUGGAAGAGCUCUAUAUAGAUUUCAAUGAUAGGAAUGACCGCAGGAGUAGGUGGAGGCGGCGGUACAUAUCUGUCCUUAUACCUGAGUGUGAGUUAAGCCAAUGUUCUUCUUUGGUCAAAUUGAGUCUGAAGUCACUGCAACUGGAGACUCUUCCUCCACGCUUCGAAGCUCUGAGGGAACUUUUCCUUGAGCGAGUCAAACUCGCCGAAGAUUCACUGGAAAACAUUACUAACAAUUGUCCUUCUCUUGCUCUGCUCAGUCUUACCAAUUGUAAUCCAAACGCUGACCUGAAAGUUAUUAUUGGAGCGAACUCUAACCUUCGCUGUUUGGUAAUAAGAGAGGAGCUGAGUGAGGUGCAGAACAUGACGGAGUUGUGUAUCAGAGCGACUAAUGUGAAAGCAAUAGAGUUUGCAUUAGCUUUGCCAAGAAAAGCAUAUCAGAUAGAAGGAACUCUAGUUUGUUCUGAAGCAACAUUUAGGCUGAAUCAAAUGCAUCGUAGUCGUCAAGCAAUGAGAGUCACAAGUUUAGGAAUUAAUGGAAAAUUUACAAAAAAUUUCUUGGGGCUUCUGAGGACAUUAAGGGCUGCUGAGGUGCUUACUUUGAGCAGUUGGUGCAUUCAGGUUCUAUCAAUAGAGGUUGUUAAGUUGCAGCAACCUCCAAUCUUUGAAGUCAGACAUCUCAUCCUGGAGACAGGACUGAUCAGAUGGGAGUUCCGGGGAAUAGCCUACAUGCUUUUGGGUUGUUACAAGCUCGAAAAUCUUCUGAUAGUCAUGGGAGCUCCUGCAGAAUUGAAGUUUGAGUACAUGGAGAAUGUGAAGUAUUAUGGAAUUACCAUGAGUUUCGGCAAGAUUUUGCAAGACCUGACCAUUGUUGAAUUCAGAAACUACUCUGGGAAUUAUCAGACCUGGGAUGGCGAUGAUUUCAAUGAGAUCCAAUUUUUUGCUGGCUUUGAGUUUGGAAGUUUGCUUGUGUGGAAUCUCAAGACAUAUGCAACAGGUCUGAAAAAGUUGGUAUUUACUACUGGUAAAAAACGCUUUGAGACGAGUCAGUUUGAAGGAUUUGGAGAUCUGUUCUCAUUUACGCACUUGGAUUACUGUCAGUUGCCUUGUGUUUAUAGAAGUGCUGAGUAUAGAUGCUAUCAUCGCUAGAAAACAAGUAUGUUUGAACUGUUUCACAGGGUUUCUUUAGUUUAGUUAUGUUUUCCUUAAGUUCACAGGCGUAAUUCUAGUUACCGAGAAGUUCACAGGGGUAAAGUAGUUACUGAGGUGUGGGUUCACAGGGGUACAUUAUAGUUACUAAGUUGUGUCUUCUUUAAGUUCACAGGGCUAGAUUCUACUAUUUUAGAUACUGAGUUUUGAUAGAGUUUUCGAUUCAACUGAUGAAAUGUGGAAUUCUAUCAGUUUACAUGUGUUGCUGUUAUAUCUUGUCUUUUGGAAUGAUUCUAUGAUUAUGUUUCUUUUCUC